CUCUUUUCGUCGACUUCCUGAUCACUAGCAUCUCAUGUCUACUGUACUUCAUAUCUGCCCAACAAUGAAUGGUGCUACAUGUGUCGCCAGUCACACAGGAUCUUGAGCUGAAAAUGGGCUCUACCAGCUGCAUCUCACGUACGAUGGAAGUGCAACAGCCAGUUCUCCACAUUGAAGCUCGUGUCAAGUCCAACAAUGACGGCAUCAUCAUCCGCACGGACUUAAUCCGAGACGAACUCAGCAAGUGGCUGACUGAUAAGUUCGUGGUUCUCUCUCUCGGACAAGAGAUCAUCUCCUUCGAUGGGCUGAGUAACUCCCACGCUCAGGCUCUGGAUUCCGUGCUCAUCUGCGAAUGCACUGGUGGUACCAUGGAAUCCGGAGCAUAUCCGCUGGAUCAGGUGAGGUUGGAUGUGCAAGCAUACCAGCUCCAUACGCAACUGGAGCCCGAAGACCCUCACCUCGCCCAGACUCUCAAUGGUCACACCGAGAAUAGUAUGAAAUUAACGAGGGCGAGGGUCAUGGCCUUGCCCAACUCAGAUCUGAAUGGACUCUGGGAAUCCUUGCACUUCGAUGAGCCUAUCCAGUUAACGCUCCUUACUGCUAUCAGCAGAAUGCUCUCGUUCUCUGCCUGCAAGCUCGACAGAUGGACUGUUAACUGGAACAAGCUGGUUCUCCUAUGGGGGCCACCUGGGACUGGCAAAACAAGCUUGUGCCGCGGUCUAGCUCAGAAGCUUGCAAUACGCCUGGGGAAAGACUAUCCCCAGAGUAAAAUGUUCGAGAUCAACGCGCACGCGCUAGGAAGUAAGUUCUUCAGCGAAGGAGCGAAAUUAGUGGAUCAGAUGUUUGAGCGCAUAGAUCUACUGCUUGAAGAGGAGGACGAAACGCUCGUUUGCGUAUUCAUCGAUGAAAUCGAGACGCUCGCUGCCCGCAGAGAUCGAGCGUUGAGUAGCAACGAACCAUUUGAUGCCAUUCGAGCCGUGAACGCUCUGUUGACAGGCCUCGACAAAAUCAAGGCUCAUCCAAAUGUGAUUGUGGUCUGUACGAGCAACUUGUUGACGGCACUGGACCCGGCGUUUCUCGACCGCGUCGAUAUCAAGCAAUGUGUACCGAAUCUAUCCAGUCGUUCGAUUUAUCGCAUCUACAAAGAUUGCCUCGAGGAAAUGAGUCGUAAUCGUAUCAUCGAAGGCGCGACAUUUGACGUGAAACUGAGUCAACCGGAUGAUCCUCAAACGCAAUUGUCGUACAUGGAAGAGCCAGCCGAGCAGCUCAUGUUACCGACGUAUGAUGAGAUGAUUGUCAACUACCCGAUGUUUUCAGAGGCCGUCCCCACACUGCUGGCCGAGGCGGUGUCGGAGAGUCUGGGACUCAGCGGCCGAACGGUUCGUCGGCUACCCAUACUAUCGCUAGUAAUGUAUGGCGAGGAAGGAAGAAGUGAUAUUCACAAGGCCAUACGUGCGCUGAGAAAGGGCAUUGCGGCGGAAAGACUGACUAGUCAACCAAUUAGAGCAGGCCGAUUGCAACCCGGAAGUCAGUAAGCUGAACCGAAGGGGGGUAAGGGGAGGGAUCAACAGCCAUUGAGGGCCGUAGACCAGGACAUGGAGAUAUAGGGAUUAAGAAGUCUGUAAUGCCUCAAAGAGCAUCAAAUCGAGUAGUGGUCCGAGGAAGUGACGGUGCAGUUCAUCAGACCAAGUGAUUCCGGCCUCGAAAAUUGUUUGUUCCGAAAAGUCGCGGUUUUCACCGAAGCCAGUUAGCACCCGGUCAGCAGCCAAUCAGCGGGAGGGUUUAGGCAAUUCCAAGCCCAAGAGAAACUUGACCCGUUCGACCAACCUCGACUUCAAUUGAACCUCCAAAAGCACAUUCUCCCACUGCGCUCCAG